UCCUGCUCUGUGCACUCAGCCUGGCUUCCAGCAGAUAAAUACCAGCYGGGCUCUCAGGGUUCCUGUGUCUGCAAAGGCAGUAGGACCUCCCUGCUCUUCCUGAGGGUUCCCCAGGUCCAGCAGACACAGCAUCUCAGCAGCUUCCUUAGGGGACUGCAUCAGCCUGAGUGCACAGAUGAAUAAAAAUUCUUCCAACAUAAUGGCUUUGGCUCCUAAUGCUCCUAACAAAAGAGAGACAGUAUGCAUAUUUGGAACCGGAGAUUUUGGACGAGCUCUGGGGCAUCAGAUGAUUCAGUCUGGCUACCCCGUGGUGUAUGGAAGCCGGAGCACCCAGAUAUCCAACCUGAUUCCCAAGGAUGCAGAGGUGUUGAGCCAUGCAGAGGCAGCACAGAAAGCUGCCAUCAUCAUCAUAGCAAUCCAGAGGCAGCAUUACAACUUUCUCACACCACUGGCAGAAAUACUGCGUGGAAAAGUCUUGGUGGACAUAAGCAACAACUUGAAAUUAAACCAGUAUCCUGAAUCCAACGCAGAGUACCUGGCUCAGCUGCUGCCUGGCAGUAAGGUUGUGAAAGCYUUUAACACCGUGUCAGCCUGGGCCUUGCAGUCGGGCACGCUGGAUGCAAGCCGGCAGGUGUUUGUCUGUGGAGAUGAUGUAGAAGCUAAACAAAUGGUGAUGAAUAUUGUUCGUGCRCUGGGUCUCACUCCACUAGACAAGGGAACCCUCUUGGCUGCUCAGGAAAUAGAAAAUUUCCCUCUGCAACUCUUUCCAAUGUGGAAGUUUCCCAUCUUUUUGUCCCUUGGCCUAACUAUAUUCUUCUUCUUGUACUGUUUGGUUCUUGAUGUAAUUUACACUUACAUUUAUGAAAAAAAUAACUUUUCAUUUUUUAUUGCAAUUACCAUUCCGAAUCGGGUCUGCCCKGUAAUGGCACUCGUCCUUCUUGCCUUGGUUUAUCUUCCUGGURUAUUUGCUGCAAUUAUUCAGUUAUACAGAGGUACCAAAUACCGCCGUUUUCCAGACUGGCUGGACAAAUGGAUGCUCUGUAGGAAACAACUUGGACUAAUAGCCCUGGCRUUCGCUUCCCUGCACGUUGUGUUCACUCUCGUUGCUCCAUUGCGYGCCUUCGUAAGAUGGAGAAUUGGCAAAGGAAUCGUCUCCCAGGCACUGAACAAUAAAACAGAACCACUCGACAGCACKACUGCCUGGAUUAGUGACUCUUAUUUGGCUUUAGGAAUUUUAGGAUUUUUUUUAUUUGUUCUUCUGGGAAUAACUUCCUUGCCUUCAGUCAGCAACAAUGUCAACUGGCGAGAAUUUCGAUUUGUGCAGUCCAAACUGGGAUAUCUGUCACUGAUUUUGUGCACUGCACACACGCUGGUUUACGGUGGAAAAUGGUUCCUGAACCCAUCAGCAUACAGAUGGUAUCUUCCAAACAUCUACAUGCUCUCCCUCGUCGUUCCAUGUGCUGUACUGGUUGUCAAAUUUGUGCUGRUAUUGCCUUGUGUAGACAAACCUCUCACACAAAUUCGACAGGGCUGGGAGAGAAAUCCCAAAUACUCAGAACAGUCAAAUUACAUUAUCAACAAGUCUGCUGUAUAAUUAGAUUGAACUGUAUUAUUUAAAAUAAUAUUAUGAGGGCACAUCAAAAUGAAGUCUUGAGCCUACUCUGUGUGGAGAGGGAGAGAAAAAGUGAAAAUUUGGCCAGGCUCUGUGUAAAACAAAGCCACCCCAACGACAAGCUUGAAGUAUAAUCAAAUGAGGCCAUUGAGCUUCUGCACCCCAGGCCUGCUKUCCCUCUGCUCUGUGGAUUUCCCCUUACCUAUUUACCCUCCAUUCCUAAGAAGGGUAUGUGAGAAGUAGGUGGUGUUCCACGGCCCUCCUCUGCUGUUCCAAACUCCUGCAGAACUGGGCACAGCCACAGUAACCUUUGGAGUUGGACAGUGUCUGCUCCUCUUUCCUACCCUGCCCACGGGGUGUGUGCACACACACAAASCUACAGAGAUCCAUACACACACCUGUGUGUGUUCCCACACAUUUCCCUGUUUCUCCCCCCAGAAGCCACCAGCACCCACACAACAGGUGCAUGAUGGAUGCUASCUAAGGAACAGAGCUUUGCCUUCCAGCAUUAGUUUAUCCUCCAUUAACAUCUGAUCCAAGGAGAGCUGCAUUCAUGCCUCAGAGAUAGCUGAGUAAGAUUUGUUUAGUUUAUGUACAGGAACCCUGAUGUUCAAAGUGUAUGGGUCAAGGAAUGCUGAAUCUUUGCUUGUACUGCUCUACCAGAAAUUCAGGGACAAGGGGAAGGAGUAGAGAUCAAAAAUGGCAGAGAUGUGAGAAGUGCUUACAAGCCUAGGCUUUGCAAGUAUAGGCAAAAAAUGAUCUGUGAUUUUUUGUGUAAGUAGUGAGUUGUAAGAAAAGAAACCGAAGGAAAAUCCUUUUAUAUCAGGGCUUAUCUUAUAUGUCAUAGCUAUAUCUCAUGAAGAUAAUAUUGUUGAUUUUUAAAAAUAUAUUUCAAAAAAUAAAUCAUUGGGUGUGAUAUUACAGAUAUUCUAUGAAAAUACCAUAUUUUAAAGACAAUAAAGAUUUUUUUU